AUGAGGGAAAAAAGCUCGAUCACUUACUCGUUACUUUUCGGCUUCACUCAGUUUAAAUGGGAAGAUGUAAAAGAUGAUAAAUACCGAGAAUAUUAUCUUGGUCACUCACUUAUGGCUCCAGUGGGUCGUUGGCAGCAAGGCAAGGAUCUUACUUGGUAUGCAAAGGAUAAAAAAGACGACACUCAAACAAAGGCACAGAAAUCGGAAAUUGCCAAAAUAAAAGAAGCUGAAGCUGAAGCAAUGGCUAUUGCACUUGGUGUGCGAAAGAAAAAAAAGUUGGAAAGUAAUGUAACAGAGGACGAUUUAAAGCAUGCUCUCAAUAAAAACGAUGAUGAAUCCGAUGAUGAUGAACGACGAGUAGAUACGACUGAAAAAGGUCUUGGCUAUGGUAAAAGAGUACCUAUGACACAACAAGCAAUGGCAGGAGAUGUGGAAGUGAUGAGUCGCUCUUCUGGCGACAACAGCUAUCAUCAACACCCUUCCUAUGCAGCAGACAGAGUAGAACAACCUUCUUUUAGAGCCAAUAGCGAAGAAAAUAUGGAGUCUUCAAAGAAAGAGAAAGAUAGAAAAUCAAAGAAGCAUCAUAAAGACAAAAGUGCAAAAAGGAAAUCAAAAAAACACCGUAGUCAUCGUCACCAUAAAGAUAGUGAUGACAGUGACGUUGAUGGGAAAACUGACAGUAAUAGCAGGAGAAGAUCCUAUCAUCGCCAUCAUGAAAGGGAUAGAAGCCAUAGUAGGGAGACCAGUGACGGCCAUCGAAGGGAAAGAAAUCCUGAUAGAUAUGAUGACUACGAUUCACGACAUCAUCAUUUUAGUCAUAAUACAACAGAUCCCCCAGUCCACAUCAAACCGAUCGAGAGAGACAACGACGACGCCAUUCAUACAGCCGCAGCCGAUCGCCUUUGCGUUCACCUUCUCCAAUAA